AUGCCGCAUUUCACAGAGCCGUCAACACCGGCCGCUACGAUCACCACGCUCGACGAGAAACUAACAGACGCCGAUACAACAGCACCGGCGCGUUUCUUCCACGACCACCACUUGACCUCUGAAACUCUACCUUUCUGGCUGGUGAAUCUACCCCGGUCGCGAUGGACGGCUGAAUGUCCUGAGUUUUUGCGGGAUCAGCCACCGAAAAACAUACAAUGUCUCUCGACGCCCGAUGACCACUAUACUCGACAGAACUGGGGGGAAGUGAAGGAGAUAAUCAGAACCAACCGGAUCGAUCGGUUCCAGCGUGUCCCGAGCGACCUCCGCAAGUACCUAGAGUACACAGCGCAAAUCAAAGCCGAGUACUCCUCAGUCAUGAGAUUCGUGGUCAAAGAACGACUACACUGGGGUGACGGCAGCACAGAAGACCUCAAGCCCCGAGGCAACCUCUUCGAAUACGACGACGACAUUCGAAUCCUCUACAACGACUGGCCCUAUGGCGUCGACACGGAUAUCAUUCAUCUGGUAGUAUGGACCAAGUUCGAGCUGGAGGAUGAUCCUGCGACCGGUGACUUGACGCCACAUGCGCGCAAAGCCAUAGAGAGGUAUGUGCUGCGCACGUUUUGUUCGCGCGUACCGGCCGACCAAGUUGUCUGGUUUAGAAAUUGGAAGUCGCUCAAGUCGGUUCAUGCGGUUGAACACUUCCACGUCAUGCUUCAUCGUCCCGAUAUGGCAUUUGUGAGGGAGAUCACCCGGGGAGAUGUGCCGCUGAUCGAACGGGUGUGA